GGAAGUUAAAGGGCUAGUCAAGCCUUAUUAGAAUGCAGAGGAGGAAGGCUCUGCUGCAAAUUGAAAACAUAUUGAUUCUCCUCAUGCUUUCAGGCAGAAGGGGCCAAAAGAGAGAGGUGGAAGCAGGAGAUGGACAGGAGCAAAAUGAGUCGCUGCUAUAUUUCUAUAAUAAAUGCACACAGGCGCGGUUUCAAUUGGUAAAAGAACCACCCUCCGGAUUCGAAGCGCCAAGUUAGGGGAUGCCUUCUUGCGUGGAUUGACAAUUUGUUUGCUCUUUUAUUAUUAUUAUUUUCUCUCUCUCUUUUUUUUUUUUUUCGCGUGUGAGAGCACGCUGUCAUGUCCGGUUGAGGUGGCGAGAGGCCGCAGGAUUCCAAUACGAAAGGACAGCGCAUAACCCGUACAGAUGUGCUGACUGCACAGUUUCCAUGGGAACAAAUCUACCCCACCCACCCACCAAUCUUCACCACCACCAACGCUCCUCGUUGCAAAACCCUGACGAGCUCAUCUAACGCUCCCCGCUUCGUCUUCAUGUGUGUCCAGCAGUUCCUGGUUCACUUCUUACAUCAGCUGCAGCUCAGAGAGAGCAGGUUACGGCUGAUUGACGACAGUUUCACAAACAUACCACUGUCACAAUUUGCGGCAGCGAGAAAGAGGGAGAGUGGCACUGUCGUAAGUUUUCGACCUCAUGAAUAUGUGAUAGUAACCGCUGUGACGUCAGGCUUGUGAAGCGACAUAACUCCGUUUCAAGCGUUAUGAAUAAGACGUAAAGGGGAAUGAAUUUACCCAAAACCUGAACACUCACAUAGAUUGGCAACUCAUUUCUUGUACUGCUGUCCUCUGUUGGAAAUAAUCGGUUUGACAAAGCGAUGCGCAUUGGAGUACCCGGUGCAGAGACAUUCCAGAGUGGAUCCUUAAAAGCUCUGAUUUUGACGGCGCUCCUGAGUGUGUUUAUGUUCCAGCUGCUGAGGACUGUUGGACUGCGAGCGUUCUCCAUGGCAUCCGAGACGUACAUGGCGGGCACACACUCUGCUGCUUUCGUCACCUGUCCAAAUGACACUGUAGCUAAAGACUUGGCUAGGGGGAUCGUGGAAAGGAAACUGGCUGCUUGUGUGAACAUUGUCCCAGCGAUUAAAUCGGUAUAUGAAUGGCAGGGAAAGAUAGAAGAGGAUAAUGAAGUACUACUGAUGAUCAAAACAAGAAGUUCCAGAGUGCCUGCUCUUGCUGAAUAUGUCCGCUCCAACCAUCCCUACGAGGUGGCCGAGGUCAUCAGUCUGCCCAUUGAGCAGGGCAACCCACCUUACCUCAAGUGGAUAGGAGAUGUUGUGCCUGAGUAGAAAUAGAUGGAUGGGUAAAUGUAAAAAAAGAAACAGAAAUGCAACUGUUACCAAACUGUAGAAAACAUAGAUGAACGUGAUGAUUGUGAAAUUAAAAGACAAACAAUAUGCUUUCUUACCACUAGAGGGCAGCAUGUGUUUCGUUUCCGAAAUUAAACAGUUGCUGCUUUGGCCUGUUGGAAGCGGUUUAUUGCUGGCUUCUUGGGCUGCAAUGUGAAAUACAUUUUUCUAAAAUAA